UGUAUACUGGUAAACCAUGUAUACUUUGUUCCUCAAUACAUUUUCGUUAAUGUUUUGACAAAAACAAGUGUUUAAAGCUGCUGAGAGCGAUGAUGUGAAGUCUGUGAAGAACCCUGUUCGUUUUGAGUAGAAACUCGACGUCAUUUAGCUAUCGUUUUAUUGUUCCAAUUUAGACAUUGUGGGUGUGUAGUGAAGUGCAAGCCCCAAGAUGUCCAAGAGGAGGUCAAGUGGCAGUAGCCGUCCUACUGCUGGGCCUUCCAGCAAACGGUCUCGGGGCGAAGAAAGUGAUGAAGAGUGUAUGGAGAUUGAUGAGUCCCAGUGUCCCGACUUCUUCAACCCUAUAACAAUGGGUAAAGAAGCGGAAGUGGGCAUUAUUGAGCAAGUUUCGAUGAAAAACUUCAUGUGUCACAACCGACUGGAUUUCAAGUUCUGUCCUCAUGUCAACUUCGUUGUGGGACGAAAUGGCAGUGGAAAGAGUGCUAUUCUGGCAGCCCUUGUAGUUGGAUUGGGUGGCAAGGCCAGCAUGACGAACCGUGGAACCACAAUUAAGAACUUUAUCAAAAUAGGCAGAUCGAGUGCUGAGACUAUGGUCCGUUUGCGAAACAGAGGCACCGAUGCGUUCAAGCCGCAUGAGUAUGGCGACUCAAUUAUCGUGGAGAGAGUUCUUCGAACUGAUGGCUCAAGCUCGUACAAGCUCAAGAGCAAAGAUGGUCGCUUGGUAUCACAGAAAAGAGAAGAGCUUGUCCAUAUUCUUGAUCAGUUCAAUGUCCAGGUUGAGAACCCAGUAGCCAUACUGAAUCAAGAUACAAGUAAAAACUUCCUACAUUCAAGUAAACCGCAAGACAAAUAUAAGUUUUUUCUGAAGGCAACGCAAUUGGAGCAGAUGAAGUUGGACUACGCCUAUGCCAAUGACCAGAGAGAGAACACCAUGGAAAUCAUCAGUCGGAAAGAAAAGAUGAUUCCCCAGUUGGAGAAGGAAGUGCAAGAAUGGCAGCAAAAGUUCAAGGCGGUUUUAGGACUGGAUGAACUGCGUAAGAAAGUUGAGGAACUGAAGAAAGAGAUGGCUUGGGCCCUUGUGGCUAACAAGGAAAAGGAGCUUGAACCGUUCAUGAAGCAGCUGAGAAACCAGGAAGCCAGGACGCCAAAAUUUGAAAAAAAGGUGCUAGAAUCUCAGGAGAAAGUGAAUGAGUGUCUGAAAAGGAGAGAGGAGAUCCAGAAAAAACUGCAGGAACUUAGCAAAGAGGUGAAGGAACUUGAGCCCCAGCAUGAGCAAACCAAGCGUGCGGUCAACGAGAAGAAGAAGAUCUAUAAGAAUGCUGUGAUGGAAUGGCGUAAGGUGGAGAGCGAUUGCAGAAAUGCCAAUAACGACAGAAAGCAGCUUCUCGACAAAAUUUACGAGAUAAAACACUCUGAGCGCCAGGAUCAAACUGACAAGAUCCGCAGAGAAGAGCAGAUUGGCCGUCUAAAAGACGAACUUAAGGCGCUGAUGGAGGAGCGUCAUACUCUGGAACAUCAGUUGGAGCAGCACAGGAAUGCCAAUGGCAAGAUGAAGGAGGAGCAGUACAGAAUAAGAAAUGAUGACAAAGAACUCAAGAUGUUGAUAAGUAACAAAGUGCGGGAAAAAAAGGAGGUUGAGGCAUCAAGGAAUAACAGUCUCAAGAAGUUUGGCCAAUUCAUCCCAGAUCUAGUCAAGAAAAUCGAGGUGGCUCACAAGCAGGGAAGAUUCCAUCAAAAACCCAGAGGUCCCAUUGGAGCUCAUAUCCACCUGCGAGACCAGAAUUGGGCCGUUGCUGUCGAGGGGUCCCUGAAGAACCUCCUGCUGUCAUUCUGUUGCAAUGAUCAUCAGGAUGAGCGAGUCCUGGAACAAGUCAUGAAAGAAACCGGCAUACCUAUGGGAAGGAAGCCAGCCAUCAUAUGCAGCAGAUUUCUGCCCCACUUUCAUGAUGUGUCCAGAAGCCGAGCAACGUGCGAGUUCCCUACAAUUCUUGAUGUUCUUGAGGUGGAGGAUUCAGUAAUUGCAAAUUGUCUAGUCGAUCAGAGGAACAUAGAAAACAUCAUUCUCAUCCGUGAUCCAAAAGUUGCCCGUAAUAUCAUGAUGAGAAAUGUGCCACCAAAUGUCCGUGAGGCUUUCACACCAAAAGGUGAUCAACUGCUGCAUUCUCCCACCUUCAGAUAUUAUUCAGCCAAAGAUGAAGGGUCAAAGUACCUAAGUGUAAAUGUAGAGGAAAACAUCAAAACACUCACUCAGGAGAUCAAGGAGUAUCAGAACCAGCUGCACAUUGUCUCAAACAGGCUCGCAGAGGUGGACGGGCAUAUACGUGAUUGCAAGCAACAGGAAAACGCCACCCAGACCCGCCUCAUGAAGAUCAGAGAGAAGAGUAGCAAGAUACAAAUGGAGAUCGACGAACUGGUUAACAUCGAAGAGCCAGAAGCUGUUGACAUCAUAACGUUGGAAGAGGAGGUUCAGAAGUACGAUGAACAACUUGAGACGCUGAACGAACAUGUCCAGGCUGGCAAAGACAAGUGUGAGGAAGCUAAGAAUGCCAUGGAGACAGCCGAGCAGACGUACAAAGAGAUAGAUCAGAGGAUACGAGCAGUCGCCGAUAUGGCAGACCCAUUGAAAGAUGACCUUGGCCAGAUUGAUGGGCAGAUCGAGUACGCCCGAAGCAACAAGCAGCAUUAUGAUAUCAAGAUGAAGGAGCAUGUGAAAAAGAUCAAGGAGAUACAGAAAGAUCUUGAUGAUGCCAAACAAGAUCUAGAGGAGAAGGUCAAGUGGGCUGAGGAAAUAUGCGACCGCAUUAACACACGCAGGUCGCCACAUAAUCUCGAGAGUGAAAUCCUGCAGAUAGAAAAGCGCAUCAAAACAGAGGAGAAAAAUCGUGGCAACAAAGAAGAAAUCACCAAGAAGUACUAUGAGAAUUUGAACAAAUUCAAAAAGAUCAGACAGGAGGUCAAGAACUGCAACAAAUUUAUUCAGAUACUAAAAACUGCCAUCGCGCUCAGAAAUAAGCAAUAUUGUCAAAUGCAGCAAGACCUUUCCUUGCGAGUUAGAAUACUCUUUAUAAAUUUACUGAACGUAAACAAAUACAGUGGGAAGCUGGACUUCAAUCACUUCCGUAAAGAGGUGGUCCUCAAUGUGCAGCCGUUGUCAGCAGAGGAUGGAGGUGGAGCACGGGAUGGAGCUGGAGCAAAGGAUAUGAAGUCGCUGUCUGGAGGCGAGAGAUCAUUUGCUACAGUCUGCUUCAUCUUGGCUCUGUGGGAUGCAAUGGAAUCUCCAUUCAGAUGUCUCGACGAGUUUGAUGUCUUCAUGGACAUGGUGAACAGACGCAUCAGCCUGGACAUGAUGCUGAAAGCUGCCGAGCAGCAGAAAGGACGCCAGUUCAUCUUCCUGACACCACAGCACUUGAGUCGAAUCAAGUCCAAAUCAAACAUUCGAAUCUACAAGAUGCCCGACCCCGAGAGAGGUCAACAGACUCUGGAUUUCACAGGUGGUGGAGACGCUUAAACUAUAAGGUGUGGAACAUCGUGAUGAAAGAUGUGGAAAUUGACAAUACAAGGAAUGAAUGUUGUGCUAUGCAAACGCUUGGAACUGUGUUAAACUCUUUGUGUUCGUAUACAUGUAUGAUCGUUUGUGGUUUGCUCCCGUUUUAAUGAUUCAGACCUUUUAUAAUAACAAGUUAAUGAUUAGAUAAUUUUUUUAAUUUGUCAAAAGAGGUAUCUGCAUAAUCAUAUGCAAGGCUCAAUGCCAGAAUCAAAGUAAGUCCAAGUGCAAAAGAUGGCAAUGUGUUGUGUGUUCCAGAUGAAGGUGCAUGUAUUUUCAUACCGUGAUAGUAGUUAUAGUAAACAAUACAUAUAUUUUAAAGAGAGGUAAAAAAUAACUAUAGUUGAAGAGAUCGUUUUUAUAUGUAGAAUAUUGGCUGGUAUAUGUUUAGCAGAAUUGGACCAGCAUCUACAUGUGUUAUAGUUUGAUCAUUUUCAUUCAUACCGACACGCAUUUAUAAGGAAAAUCUUUUUGAAUAAUAUCAAUAUAUUUUGUAAAAUAAA